AUUUAAAUUCUUUCAAAUUAGCGUAUUGUGCGUGUAUAUACAUAUUUACGUUUAAUAAAAUUUUUGUCGUCAUUUGCAGAUUUUACCUUUUUCUUUUUUUGGUUUUUCGAGUUGUGCUUUGAAAUUCUUUGUAACGGCAAGACAUUGCAUGUGGCACAGCCAUAGAAAAUUUGUUUGCUCUUCGCAUUGGAAAUUUGAAAAUUUACAUGCAUAUACACCGACGUUCAUAUGUGUGUUUACUGUGCUGGUUAAUUAUACCUUACAAUACCUGUAAAAUUUCUUGUAAUCUCGCAUAUGCUUGGUUGGAAAAAUCAGAAAAUUUUUCGUCAUCGAUUCAAAAAAAUCAAUAUUUGAAAAUUUGUAUACUUUUCGUGAUUUUUCUUUUAAUAUUUAUAUAAAAAAUAGUUUUUUAACAUAUCAAAUUAAAAAUGACCAGCAGCAACAUUAACAAAAUUAUACGCAGCAAUAUCACAUUAAAGCCGUGGAUACUUUCGAAGAAUACUUCUGAAAUUGUCAAUACCUGUAUACAGAAAAUUUACAAACAAUCGCAAAACAACUUCAAGAAUGACCAGAAUAAAAUCGCCGCAGCGAAACCGGAGAACAGGGGACCCAUCCGUGCACUCAAAAUGCAGGAGCGCACACGUAUACCGCUCAGUAUAAAUGUAACACGCAGCAAAAAAGGUGCUGCAGCGUCCAAUGCAACAGGGACCGGCAGCGCUGCCGCGACGGCCGGUGGCAGCGGCGGAACUGCUGUUAACCCUGCAGGCGAACGUUUAGCCAGCAAUGCGGCAGCAAACAAUCGUCGUGGCGCCGUUGCAAAUCUGUCUGCACAUCGCAGAUUGCUGAAAUCUUCACCCAACUAUAAGAUCUACGGUUCACGACGCUUCGGUUCGAGUGCCAGCAGUUCGAAUGCGAGCAUCUUUCGGCGCAACGAAGAGCGACGACGUACCUCUACACAAACUGCGCAAUUAAACUAUUUACUACGCACUUAUGCGACGCAAGCCAAAGAACGUAAAGCUUUUGCUAUGAACUCAAUUAUGCCAAAGUUUAUGGUAUCGGCACGAAAUCAACAUAUGGCCACACGCGCAACUACCGAAUCGCUACCGGCACACGUAAUACAAACCGCAUCGGCCAUACAGCGUGAGUUGAUGCCCGUCAAUAGUGUAAUAAAAGAUCGCAUUGCACUCGGUCGCACGCGUACCAACAAAAUGGCGAUGCAAAAGCCGAAAAGUCAGGAUCCCAUGAGCGGUUGGCAUCAUCCGCCAUCGCAGGAACUCUUCCAGUCGCGUUUCAAUCAGCGCGGCAUCGCCAACGCCGAACUGCAGGAGCAAUAUCGACGCAUGAAGACCGCCAAUAAGAUGCGCCAGUUCGAACAGUUGCGUCAAAUGGAAAAGCGUAAUGCCAUUUUGGGUAACGUGGGCAAGAAACCGGCGCGUCAGUAUGUCUUGGAGGAGUUCGAGAAUAAAAUGAAGAUUCCUUCUUCGAGCAAGUCGCCACAUCAUGCCGUACGCCAUCAGACGCCGCAGUUCGAACACUCAUAUCUGGCACGUGUCACACGUCAACAACAAAGCGGUAUCGUGGAUACAGAAACAACGGCACUACUACCCAUUAGCGAUUCAUCAUCGGCGCCCACAAGCCCUACGACUACGUCUCAAGCGGCUAACGCUGCGCAAAACUCCACAGCGGUACAAACAAUAGCCGAAAUGGGUUAUGCAACGAACGAAUCCUCCACGCCAGCAACACUCAAUGCCGCCGCUUCGGUCAACAGCAGCACGCCAGACGCGCCACUAAGUCUGCCGAUGCCGGAAAUUCCAGAACCUGAUGGUUCGGUUACCGUACAAAUCAAUUCGCCCCUUGCGAUCACCAAGAAGUCACCCACAUCACAAUGGGCAGGCAAAGCAGCGCAACACCAUUACACAAUGCGUUUCAACCAUAGUGCACAUUUAAAAAAAUUUUGAGAGUACAAAUGAAGACAUGUCUUCGAUAAUACCCAUUAUGGAUGUGUAAGAUCAAGAGAUCAUUUUAGGAAGUGUAAGACGAUGAUUAACGAAUAAUAGGAUAUGAAUAUACACAUAUGUACUUCGGUAUAUAUGUAGGUGUACGUAGAAGAACGUAGAGACAGAUAAGAACCACUGCGUAGCAUGGUAAAUGUCAAGAAAAAGACUAUAAAAAGAAUAAAAACUAAACACAGACAUGUAAAAUCUUACGACACGAUAACGCGCUCGCAUUGUUCUCACUCUCUUCUCUAAUGUUGGCUCAGCAAUUUGUUAUGCGUAAAUUUUCCAUUGAAACGAGCAGACGAUAUAAAUUAAAUGUUCUCCAUUUGGUUAUUUAUUUAUUUCAAUAUUUUGGUGCGAUAGUCAUGUAGUAAUGUUAGUAAGAAUGUGCUCAGGCUGAUCAUUUGAAAUGUUAACAAAAAUUAUUAUACUUACAUUUGAUAUAAUCGCCGUAAAUUGAUAUGUGUUGUUGCAGUGAUUAUAAUAAUUAAAUAUAAUCAUACGAUUACAAAAGUGGUUCAAAUUA